GCCAAUCCGCGGCCCAACUUCAGAACCAUGUAAGAUCGCCAACUCAAACGGCCAUCAUCGGAAGUCCGAGAGUAUCCCACACGCGAACAGAGUCAAUCUGUCAGCUUUUUGCACGAAAUUUGUCAGCUUUUUGGAGAUGCAACCUCUUGCUGGUCUUUGGUUGCAACAUCGACCUUUGGAUUGGUAGCUGGUGAUGCACAAGGGCACGUUAGCGUCUGUCUGAUGCAGCGGUAUCGUAUAAAUUGCCCAGCCUGUGCCCGCUUUGCCUGACGAACAUGGCACUGGCCGCAUCCGCACUGCGAUCAACUACGCCACGACAAGCUGGGUUUUUACAGGUGCUGGGACAUAAUUUGAGAUAUUUAAUUCGACGGCAUCAAGCUAUUUUACCUCUUUCAAUUCGAGCCCGUCUUGCUUCGACAAUGGCGACGCCGUGGCAGAUUCGCGUUCCCGCGAGCGAUACGGGGUUGUUGAAGUGGAAGCAGACAGAUGAGUCUGCAGCGAAGGUGUCUGAGCUGUUGCAAAAGGAUCUCGAGAGCCACCAUGUAUUCUUUAAUGCGGAGGGCUUUCACAAUCAUAUCGUUCACUCCCUCCUCACUCUCUACGCCACCGGCGCCUCUCCCAGCACCCUCGAAGAGGCGUAUGCCGAAAACCACUCGUACCAAAUCAAAGCCAUGGACACCCACUCCGGCGUCGUCGAGGAGCUCAAGAAAGGGUGGACGGAAGGCUGCCCUUACCUUUCAAAGGGGAAAUAUUACCCUGACUUUCUGAGAUUCUUUCAAGAUGAAAUUGAGGCAAAGGGAUGGGAAAAGGUCCUUUUGGAGUAUGUCUUUAAGGGAGAUGAGAGGAGCGAAGCCAUCUUUGGCCGUCUCUUUGCUGGCUUCCUCCAUCCCCUCAUCCAACUCAUGUACGGCAUCGAAUGGCAGCAACCCGCCAUCAUAGCCGAAGGCCUCGCCCAAGCUGCCGUCCACGAGAACCGCGUGGGCGGGUUCCUCACCAAAGCCGAGCAAGCCGCCACUGCCUCUGCACACACGACCAGCUUGCCGGAGCUCUUUGAGUCUGUUGGGCAAUUCAGCGAGAAGCUCGCCACGAGCGCGCGGUUCGACGACAAGAACAAGAUUUACGACGGCAUCUUUGUUCGUGCUCCUGAUGAGGCCCUGGAGUUUGUGAAGCAGGUCAAGGUGCAUGAGGAUGAGUUGGAUGAGAGGCUGGCUGAGAUGGUUCACUCGUGCGCCUAUGUCGCUGCUGCGGCGGCGUUUCACCAGCCGAACAAACCCAAGUUUGACUUCUUCUUGAUUCACCACCUCAACUCGAUCCCCUUCUUCGUCACCCUCUUGUCCUUCCCCUGGCUCCGUGACUAUCAAAAGGUCCGCAUUCUCGAAUGGAAAAUCCGCCUCGAUCUCAUCCAGUACAUCGCUCGAGGAUGCCCACCGCUUCGCCUUGACGCCAUCAAGUCCUUUGUUCCAAAGCAAGAUUCUAGCUUCGCCACAAAGCCGGCUGACCUGCUCCCGCGGUUUCACGAGAUCAUUGACGAUGGACAUACCAUUAAGGUCGUCCGAGCACUACUGAUUGCUCAGGAGCUGUCUCGAAAGUAUGCCGGUAGGCCGUGGAUUCGCAUCGCGGACGACGAGACGUGGUUGAAGGUUCAUCAGAUUCUGCUGCAGGGCACGGAAGGCCCGCAAGAGCCCGCCUUGUGGGUGAGAUCUGCUGGGUUUGAAGAGGCCUGGGUAAAUGUGCCCAAGGAAAGGUAAAGACGAAAUUAAUCCUUUUGCACCAAAUAUGAAGAAGAAGAAGAAGAAGAAGAAGAAGAAAUGGAGAGGAAUGGAGAGCCUCAGGAUGCUGAUGACGAAAAAAACGUGAGCUUUUAGAGCCAACAAUACCGGCGCGCGACUUUAGGAUAUCUUUUAUAUUUUUAUGUAGUCUAGUCUUGUAAAUAACCCAGUUGUGCUUCCUAUUCAAGAACAAAAUUCAAGAGUUCAAUCCAUUCCCAUCCACUCUUCUUCG